AUGACCCCCAUUCAGAAGCCAGUAUCAGCCCAGCCGGCGCUGGCAUCUCCGGCAUCUCCUCCCGCCUCUUCUACUCCCUCCUCCGAAUCUUCUUCUGCUUCUGCUUCUGCUUCCCCCUCUUCUGCUCCAGUCGCAAUGGCAAAGACUUAUCCUCCUGUACAGCCUGGAGGCAGUUUGAUCUUAGCCUGGCAAAUCAAGCACAAGAAGGUGCUUGUUGUCGGCGGUGGUGAGGUACGUCUGAAUCAUCAUCACAUGCGCCGAGCCUCGGACUUUGAUGUCGCUGCUGGUAGAAUUCUAAACUGCCUCAACGCCGAUGCCAACGUCACUGUCGUGUGCCCCAAGUCCGGCCUCAAUGAUGAAGUCGCCUACCGAGUCAGCGAAGGCCAAGUCGCUCACGUCGAUCGAGUAUUCGAGCCCGAAGAUUUAGACGGAGCCAGUAUGGUUCUGGUCGCUAUCGACGACCCGGCCGCCUCGACCGUCGUUUGGAAGCUUUGCAAGGAGCGAAGGAUUCCCGCCAACAUCGCCGACGUACCACCCGAAUGCGAUUUCUAUUUCGGCAGUAUCCAUCGCGAUGGUCCCCUCCAGAUUAUGGUCAGCACCAACGGCAAGGGACCCAGGUUGGCGGCGGCCAUUCGGCAGUUCAUCGCCAAGCAACUACCCAAGAAUGCUGGCAAUGCCAUCGAGACUAUCGGUGAACUGCGACUCAGAUUAAGAAAAAUGGCCCCCAAGCCUGAGGAUGGACCCAAACGAAUGCUUUGGAUGUCCAAAGUUAGCGAUACCUACAAGUGGGACGAGAUGUGCGGCCUCACAGACGAAGAUAUGGACAAUCUCCUUCUGUUUUAUCCUGCCAACAAAGUCCCUGCGAUGGACGUUCUGCUAGCCCUCCGAGGAGGCACCGACGUAAAAAAACUCGACGUCUUUGACGGCUCAUUCGGCUUCAGUGUCGGCGCCUAG